UCUUUUCCCCUCUUCUAUAUAUUUUCUUCAACCAAACCCCAAUUUCUCAUCACCAACACCUUCCAUCUCCUUCAAUUUUUCAUCCUCAAUUUCCCCCUACUUUUCGUCUUCAACCUUCUCCAUGGAGUCCUGCAGGACUUCACUUCCGUUCACCUCCUCCUACGCUGACACCGUUAGACCAGAAUCUUCUCAUCGCCUUGCCGGUGAAGUUCAUGUCAUCAUCGGCCCUAUGUUUGCUGGAAAAACCACGGCGCUCCUCCGCCGGAUCAAAUCCGAGAGCAACAGUGGCAGGAACGUGGUGAUGAUCAAGUCAAGUAAAGACACAAGAUACGCCAUAGAUUCAGUAGUAACACAUGAUGGGGUCAAAUUUCCAUGCUGGGCACUGCCAGAUCUUUCAUCUUUUCGUCAGAAAUUCGGAGAAGAUGCUUAUAAUGAGUUGGAUGUGAUUGGUGUUGAUGAAGCUCAAUUUUUCGAUGAUCUCUAUGAUUUUUGCUGCAAUGUUGCUGAUAGAGAUGGUAAAAUCAUUGUUGUUGCUGGCUUAGAUGGAGAUUACUUAAGGAGGAGUUUUGGAUCAGUGCUUGACGUUGUUCCUCUGGCUGAUACAGUAACAAAGUUGACAGCUAGAUGUGAACUUUGUGGGAAAAGAGCUUUUUUUACAUUGAGAAAAACAGAGGAGACAAAGACCGAACUUAUCGCUGGGGCUGAUGUCUAUAUGCCUGUGUGCCGCCAUCAUUAUGCCAUUGGACAAGAAGUCAUACAAUCUUCGAAGAAUGCUAUGGGAUCUCGAACUAUUGCCUCAAAUCUAGAGGCACUUCACUUAUCUAAAUUCAACUUAGUCUUUUUUAUUUUUUUUUUAUUAUUAUUUUUUUUUUAUAGACAAUAUGUUUUCAUUUUCGCCUGUGUAUUUCCAUAUAUUGAAACUUGAAACACCUUUUAUAAGAUAUUUGUCUUCUGUGUAAGGAAAAUCAAGCCUAAGUGGAAAUAAAAGAUUUCAUUGCAUUGACGCCAAGUCAAUUGAACUAGAAAUCAAUUACAACCUGAAAUGCAGUAGGUAAAAGAGUGCCAUAUACUUUUAGUUUUUUUGUGUUCGUCAGUCAGUACUUGGUACUAGUACCCUGUCUUUAAGAAGUCUGUUCAGAAUCUUCAUCCCUGACUUCGUCGAAGAAGGGAUCCUUGAGAAGUUCAGAAGCGGAUGGUCUUGCUCUUGGCUGUGCAAUGCACUUCUCAAUGAAAGCUCGGACUUCAGCAUCAGUUACUUUGGUAAUUGCUUGGGGCUUAAUUCCAGUUGUUACCUUCUUGUAUAUCUUGGCAACACUAUCGCAUUCACUGUAUGGUAUCUCCAUAGUAACCAUCUCGAGCAAACACAUUGCAAAGGAGUAUAUAUCCACCAUCUCUGUGUAGUCUUCCUCAUACAGCUCUGGUGCCAUAUACUCGGGUGUUCCUAUGAUUGAAUGUGCAGCAUGGCUCCUGCCAACUAUAGCUGCAAACCCUAGAUCGCCUAUUUUAACCUGUUCAAAGGAGAGUGGAUGUAAUAACACCCUUAAACAUUGUAAAGCCACACAAGAUAAAUAAGUAGGUGAACAAUUAAAAUGUUUGUGGUUUAAUCUUAUCUUGGGAAUCAUGUAAAUUAGCUAGCCAACUUGAGAUUUGAUAGUUGAUACUUGGGUCCAGGAAAUAAUGUUGUGAAAGAUUUUUCUCUAACCACAAACACAUUCUAGUGAAUAAGAGAGAAAAACAGUGAUGUUAAUGCAUUUCCCCUUA